AUGACCAUAGAUGAGGAUAAUCGACAUAGCUCCUUCUGGUUCGAAGAUGGGAACCUCAUUCUACAUGUCCAAAACUGCGCCUUCAAAAUCCACAAGGACAUCUUCAGCCGUCACUCUCGCCUAUCUCUCAGCCAUGAUCCUGAGUCAACGCCGAAGGCACUCAACAGCGCAGAUAAUGGCCAGGAAGCGCAGUACCUCCGUUAUGUAGUUCCUCCAGAACGCGGGGUGACUGCAGACGAUGUCGCAGUGCUUCUCGACUACAUUUAUUCCAACCCCCCGCUUACCCCAAGCCCGCUAUCCCCCGAGACGCCAUUAAGCCGCUUGGUCUCCCUCAUCCGUGUCUCAUCGACUGGCCAACUGGAUUUACCUACUGUACAUACCGCAUCGAUUAACCAAUUUGUGCAAUUAUUCCCGGACAACCCGACCCCGGCGCAAUACCACGAGGACCUGAUUCAAGCUUUGUUACUCGCCCUGGAGUUUCAAAUAGUCGCCGUCCAAAAACGGUUAUUUUAUAGUUUCGUUGUUGCCUCCAAUCUCGAUCUUGAAAGCUUUGAAUCUAUUGUGCAAGAGGACAAACCAGGAGGCGUGUCUGUUGUUGAUGUCCCUUCCACGUCGACAAGCAACCCAACCCUGUCACCCUUACCUGCUUCCCAAAUCAAGCGGUGUAAUGACCUCAUGACAAAGAUGGUUGAACACUUCACACCUCUCCUCUUCAGUCCUGCAACGACGCCUCACAUGGCCUGCACAGAUGUCUUCGCGGACACGUGGAUGAACCUUGUUAUACAACCCGCCAUAGAGGAUGACGGCGUGUGCAAACCCCUUGAAACCCUGGAGCGAAUCAAAGGCGUAGAUUGGGCAGCUCACGGCUUGUGUGCGGAAUGCGUCCGCGAGAAAAGAGCAGAAUGGAACGAUGAACAAGUGCUAAUUUGGAAUCUCAUGGACGAAUGGUUGGCUGUAGGUCCUCUUGCAGUAUAG